ACAUCAAUGGUAGGAGAUGUCAAUUCAGUGCCUAGUAGGGCAAAUCCUUCUUUCAUAUUCAUUUUUAGUGUAUACUUUAUUUUGCAUCAUACCUUCUUUCUUUGCUCCAACCAUGAGGUUCUCUUUGGCUUCUCCUCUGUUUCUAUUGGGAUUGUUCACAAUAAACCUUAUUCACACAGCAGAUGCUCAAAUAGGAAUAUGUUAUGGUAUGAUGGGAAACAAUCUACCACCGGCAAACGAGGUUAUAAAUCUCUACAAAGCAAACAACAUUAAGAGAAUGAGACUCUACGAUCCUAAUCAAGCUGCUCUAAAUGCAUUAAGAAAUUCAGGCAUUGAACUCAUUCUUGGUGUGCCAAAUUCCGACCUUCAAACCCUAGCCACCAACUCCGAUAAUGCACGUCAAUGGGUACAAAGAAAUGUAUUGAACUUCUGGCCUAGUGUCAAAAUCAAGUAUAUUGCAGUUGGUAAUGAAGUGAGUCCAGUUGGAGGCUCUUCUUGGCUAGCCCAAUAUGUUCUACCUGCCACCCAAAAUAUAUAUCAAGCGAUAAGAGCUCAAGGUCUUCAUGAUCAAAUCAAGGUUUCAACCGCUAUUGACAUGACCCUUAUUGGAAAUUCAUUCCCUCCAUCUAAAGGUUCUUUUAGAAAUGAUGUUAGGUCAUACCUAGAUCCUUUCAUUGGAUACUUGGUAUAUGCAGGUGCACCUUUACUUGUCAAUGUUUACCCUUAUUUUAGCCAUGUUGGUAACCCGCGCGAUAUAUCUCUUCCUUAUGCUCUUUUCACUUCACCGGGUGUUAUGGUACAAGAUGGUCCAAAUGGGUACCAAAACUUGUUUGAUGCUAUGUUGGAUUCGGUGCAUGCAGCCCUAGAUAACACCGGGAUUGGUUGGGUGAACGUUGUUGUAUCUGAGAGUGGUUGGCCCUCUGAUGGAGGGGCGGCUACUUCAUAUGACAACGCACGUAUUUAUCUUGAUAAUUUGAUUCGUCAUGUUGGUAAAGGUACUCCACGAAGGCCUUGGGCUACAGAAACUUAUAUUUUUGCUAUGUUUGAUGAGAACCAAAAGAGUCCAGAAUUGGAGAAACAUUUUGGAGUGUUUUAUCCUAAUAAACAAAAGAAAUACCCAUUUGGAUUUGGUGGAGAAAGAAAUGGGGAAAUUGUCAAUGGUGACUUCAAUGCAACUAUUUCUCUUAAGAGUGACAUGUAAGAAAAAAUCAAGGUUUUCAAGAUUUGAGUGAUUUUAUAUAUGUAUAAAAUAAGAGAAUUUCUCCUGUCUGUAUUUUAUUUAUCUUUCUUUUUUGGUUGUAGAAAAUGUUGGAAGGUUGAGGUUCAUAUUAUAUACUACUCUAUCUAUAUUAUAUGAGUUGCUACGAUUCUCUUGA